UUAUUCUUUUUCCAACUCAAAAGUAUCGGCGUUUGCCUAGGUUGUUCCCAACUUCUCGACCGGCCGACCGACCGACCAACUUCGCCUUUAGUUCUUUACAACCAUUAAUCACCCUCCAAACUUUGCUCCUCCAUUAAAUCACCGCCCGAGAAAACGACGAGAUCCGAUCGCGCAUUGCCCACCAUGGCGCAACCACAGUCACAAGCGCCCCAGGCGCCACCGCAUCAAGUUCCUCACAUGCAGCAAAUGCAACAAAUGCAGCAGAUGCAGCAACAGAUGCAGAUGCCCCAGAUGCAACAGCGACCCUCCUACUCGCCGCCGCAGCACUCGCCGUCGCCCGCCACCGUGCCCCAACCCCAGCCUGGCUACGCGAUGCCUCCAAAUAAGCGACCGCGCACUUCUCCAACCUCCCCUCCGCCCGCGCUCCAAUCGCCAUACGGCGGUACACCCUACGCGGCCAGUCCACAGAUGCCCGCCGCAUCUCCGACUCCCGUUGCCUCGCCUGGUUACUCGAAUCUCGCCGCGCCUGCAGCAGGUCCGCAGUAUACCACCCCAUACGCGAAUGGCAAUGGCGCGCAGGCACCCGUGCAGACACCGGUCCUCUCCCUCCCCGAGACUCGGCCUUCGUAUCCUACGUCCCCCGCGCCCCCGGGACCGCCGGCCGCGCCGACUCCUCCUGGUUCUCAGCAGUACACGACCGCGACCAUGGCGCCCAUUGCACCGCCGCAUCUUCCCACCCCCGGCACGAUGGGACCUCCGUCGAAACCUCCGGCGAAGGAAAUUGAGUACGACGUGGCGGACUCGCUGGCCGGCACCGGCAUCGACCUCCGCGCCGAAGAGCAAUACCUAGCCGAGUUUUACGCCGGCACAUUCACCCAGGAGGCGAGAACCGGCGCGCCCGCCAAUGCACCAGGGAACAAGGGCUCUUUCUAUGGGGCCGGUUUGGCAAAUCAGCCUGGCGAAACCGUCGCUUCUCUCAGCCAGGAGGCUUACGAGGCCGAGGUGGCCCAGAAGGUUUGGGACGAUGCAGCUCAUAGGCUUGCGGCCCUGCGCAGCGCUGAGAUCAUGAACCCCUUCCUCAUGAUCGCUAACCUGCACCACCGCGUCGAGAGGGUUGCUAAAGAGCAUGGACUGGGUGUGAAUCUCGAUCUGAAGAACGCAAACCCUGCCGGCAAACUCAGGCCCCCUCAGGAGUUCCCCCCUCCCAAGGUCACCGUGGGCACCAAGCCUGGCCCUGAAGGCACCGCGAUGGUGACAACCACGGGCUCGUUCAUCCCUCAUGAUGCCUACCUCGUUGAUCAGUUGGCGCUCAUGUCGGUUGCCACCAAGCAUCGGGUGAGAGAGUUGAUCGAGGAUGCCAACACCGUUGCCAUCCAUCGGCAGACUACAUCCCAUGGUGAGAUACCGGCCGAAUGGGCCGAUGUCGCAGUGCCCCUCCGGACCGGUCUGGACUCUCUUCCGGACGACCCCGAAGGCGCUGCGGCUUUGAAUCCACGAAAACGUUCCUUUGACGCAUAUGCGGCUCAGGGCUCAUCGUCGCUCAAGGGCGUCAAGCACGGUCCGAGGAACCUCAUGGAAGCCGUUCGUGACGGCGCAAAGACCGACCGCGAUGUGGAGGAGGCAAGGCUCCAGAAGCGCCAAAAGCGGACUAAUCCCGAGCCCGCGCCCGCCGGAUCUCGCGCCGGCUCUACGGCUCCCGGCACGCCCGGCGCUGGAGCGGCGCCCGAAGCCGAAAGUGCAGCCAAGGCACCGUCCAAAAAGGAGCUCAAGAAGGGUGCCGCUGCCGCAAGACUGGCCGAAGCCUCCAGCACCGCCAGCACCAACCAGACCCUGAGUACUCUCAUGGGCGGUUUUGGUCGGAAGAAGAAGGAGUACUCAUGGAUGAAGAAGUCGGGCAGCGGCGCCAACACGCCGAGAGCCAAUGCGGGAGAGGCCAGCUCGACUUCGGCAGGCGACGCCGCAAAGGUACCCGAGAAGACGACGCUUACAUCCGAUCCGAGAUACCCCCGGCUCGGCACCUGGCGCGAGGACAAAGAGAAGGGGAGGAACAUCCAGCUGAGGGAUUGGGUUACAGCACUUGAGCUCGACGGCAUCGAGGCAAAGGCAGUGCAAGACGCGUACCUGAAGCUAGACUCGUCAGGCCCGAAGGACAGGAGCUAGAAGGCCUCCUAGCACGCAACUU